GGUGCGCGCGGCGCCUUUAAGGCGGGCAGCUUUCUGUUUCGCUCCCUAGGCCCCGCUCGGUCGCUGCCGCCAUGGAGCCGCAGCCUGACAGCCUAGAGGGGUGGGUGGCCGUGCGCGACACCGCCUUUGCCGAGUCUCAGCCGCCGCGGCUCCGCUUCCUCGUGGCCUGGAACGGCGUGGAGGGUGCGUUCGCCGUGACCUGCCACGGCCGGGCGGAGGCGGCGGCACAGGCCCCGCAGAGCUGGGCUGGCCUGUUCUCGGAGCCGGCCCUGCGCGGCGUUCACCGUCAGCUGGCGGCUGUCUGCCCGCGCCUGGAGCCCGCUUUCCCUGCGCUGCCGUCCACGCUGCCCGGUGCCGCCGGCGGGCUCUGGGCUGUGUUGUUCCCCGGGGGCGCGGCGCCAGGCGAGGCCGAGAUGCAGAAACUCUGCCGGGAACUGGAGCUCUACCUCGGCUGGGCCCUGGAGCUCUGCGGUGGCCGUGUGGUGCUGGAUGCCCUCUUCGCCGACGACCGCUGCCACGACGACGAGUACUUCGAGAGUCUACACGAGCUCCGCGGGAGGGCCUUGCGGGGCCACCUGACCCGGGCCAAGGAGGCCCUGCGGCGGGUUCUUCAGGAGCAUAAAAAUGCUGACACAAUGGUGGCUUUGAUGAAGGUUUAUGAAGAAGAAGACAAAGCUUAUCAGGACUUGGUCACCAUGGCAACACAAUUCUACCAGUAUUUACUGCAGCCUUUCAGAGAUAUGCGAGAGCUGGCGACGCUGUACAGACUGGAAAUCCUGAAAUCUUUGCAGUAUGAUAAUUUGGGUCCUAAAAGAGUAGCAGCUUUGCAGAAAGAUGCUGAUGAAUGGACUAAGCGAGCUGAGAGUGCUGUGUGCUCCAUUCAGGAUAUCACUGUGAACUACUUCAAGGAAACUGUAAAGGCUUUGACAGCAAUGCACAAACAGAUGGAACAAGAUCAGGAGAGGUUUGGUAGAACCACCUGGGCAUCAGCUUUGCCACGACUAGAAAACCUGAAAUGUAUGUUGGCUAAAGAAACCCUUCAGCAUCUGAGGGCAAGAGAGUUGUGCCUGAAACAGAAGAGAGCUGUCAUUCAGAGAAAUAUGGAGAAUCUCAGCGAACAAGAGGAGAACAUAACUGUAGUGGAGGAACUAGAAAUGCAGUAUUAUGAAACACAGCUGGAAUUAUAUAAUGUACAGCUUGAAGUAUUGAAACAUGAAGAGAUGCUGCUCGUUGUACAGCUGGACAUUUUAAGGAGGCAGAUUAAAGAGAAACAGGAUGAAGUUGUUUACUAUGAUACAUGUGAAAAUCCUGAGGAGCUCAAGGUAAUGGAACAGACAAUGGGACAACAUUACGCUAACUUGUCAGAAAUGACGGUGCUGAGGCAGAAGACUAAGCAGUUGGAGACAAAGCGUGGGACUGUCUGUGCGAGGAGAGCCUACCUCAGGAACAAAAAAGAUCAAUGUGAAGCAAGCCAUCGACAGAGACUGCAACAGGCAGAAGAGAGCAAAAAACGCUUCCAGCAGCAUCACAGCAUACAGAUAAAGAGAGACAAGCAAAAAGAGGAAGAGAAAAAGAAAAAAGCUUGGAUAAGCCAGGAACGUCAGAAAACGCUGGAGAGGCUGAAAACUUUCAGGGAGAGAUGUCCAGCUCAUGUUGUUGUGAAAACAUCUCGUCCUCAGCCUCUCAGUCCCAGGUUGCCACAAAGCACCGCUCAGCAGCUUGCAGUACAGUCCUCUCCACCUUUGUUGAGUACAAGGGUGGCUCCAGAGCAGCCAAAGAGCCUGCUGCUGGUAGAAGGUGAAGAAUCAAAAGUUUCACGUCAGAAUACCACAGCAGAUGUUCCACGUCAGAAUACCACAGCAGAUGUUCCACGUCAGAAUACCACAGCAGAUGUUUCACGUCAGAAUACCACAGCAGAUGUUUCACGUCAGAAUACCACAGCAGAUACCUCUGUACAGACAGAGCAACAGAAGCACAGCGAGGGACUGAUGGUCUCGCCAUCCUCACUAGCACCACCACCACCUCCUCCUCCUCCUCCUCUUCCUCCUUUACCCCCUCCUCCCCCACCUCCCCUUUUACCUCCCCAGUUAAAGACGCCAUCAGCGCCAGAGGAUAAGGCAUUUCCCCUUAGCUGCAGUAGCCCCAGGGAAAGCCCUGCACUGCACAAACAGGACGACUCAUCCAGGAGGUCUCUAAACAAUUACAUGGUUAACAGCCAAACCACAGGCAGCAAUACCAAGGAAAGUUUGGCAUUUUCAGUUCUUGGAAGGUGUGGGGAAGUACAAGCAGCUGAGGGGCUGAGAUGCAGGCAAGUUACCAUGACAAACUGCUGUGAUCCCAGUGGAUCAGUGUGCAGACUUCAAUCUGGGAGGUCCAUGGGAUAACUCUACCACAGAUUUUCUUGAAAAGCUUUCAUUAGCAACAGGAGUUAUGCACCAGAGUAGUCCAAUUGCUGGUGUAACAGCCUUGUUAGGAGCUGUAUUUACUACCAUAACACAGCCUAAUAUUGAUAUCCUUUAAUUACUUUUUGAUACAAACCCCCCUUUUUUUUAUUGGAGAGGUCUAACUGAUUAUUUACAUCUAUUUCCUGAAGAAAACUAGCAUGUUAAUUGCUGUAGUGGUAAUUGAUAAAGUACUGCCACAGGAGUUUACCGAAACAGCUUCAUAAACAGCUUGGGCUUAGUUACAUAUGGCCUACUUAUGUCUUUGUACAUGAAAAGCCAGGGGGAAGUUCAUACGAGAUGAUCCUCGUGGUCCCUUCCAACCCUGACUGAUUCUGUGAUUAUCUGUAAUGUGUUAAUGUGCUUUCCAAGGGGAACUUUUUUGCCAGCCUCAGUAGUCUUAUACAAGGCUGCCUAUUUGAUUAACAGACUUAAGACUUUUGUACUUGAAGGCUUUGUAAGACAAGUUGGUGGAUCUUUGCUUGAUCCUUUUCUAGCAUCUCAGUGUCUGAAGUUACCACAAGAUUUAGCAGAAUGUUACAUUUCAAGCGCUUGAUGUUAAUCACAACCUUAUGUGCACUGCGCACGGCAAAAAAUACUUCUAGCUGUGAGGCACAGAUGGUCUGGACCUAUGGAUGUAGGAGUCGACUGCUGCCCAGGGAAACUGCCUCCCUGUCCGCCAGGCUGAAGCUAGCAGCAAAGAAUCCAGCAGAAGGAGUAAACCACAAUUGCAGUGUGUAUCAAGAGAACUAGUGGAAGCUCUCUCAGUGUGGUGCCCUUUAUGAUCUGAAGUUCUGAAGUGUACACCUGAGAUUUAAAUCACAUUCUAAAUUAGGAAUUAUUUUUAAGUCCAUACAUAGAGGAGCUGCCUGCCAGUCUGCUUAGGGCCUGAUCUGGUCCCCACUGACUUCAGUGGUGCAGUUUCAAGCCCUUCUAACUCAAGUCCUUUCAUUUUUCUCUUGGUUGAGCAAAAAUGCAAUUGACAGUCUCAGCAGGCACUCGAGCAAGCUAGGAGGAUGGUGGAUUGUCUCUAAUAGGGGGAACACAAGAGAUUUUUUUUGGUUCAGUGAAAUGUUUUUUUGAAAGCCCAUAAAGUUGUAAUGAAAAAGAGGCAUGCUCCUUUGUGUGUAAUUUCUUCCUUAGAGCACAACCUUGCAUAAUGUUGAAGAGGCAUUGGAUUCUCAAUUCAGGAUAUAAAAGCUUUAAGUGCUUUUUAAGAGCAGUUUCAGAGCCUAAUGUUGUAAAAGCUUGAAAGAAUCUGUGCCAGAACAGACCAUGCUUUUUUCUGUCUAGGAUGAAAGAAGCAUCCUGAACAUUUGGGUGGGAUUUUGUUACCUCUGAGCCUGGUUUUCUUGCACUGUCUUCUGGUAAUAAUAGAUUUAUCUG